AGCUAUUAACGACCUUCACACCUGCCAUUAUUGGCUCUGCUCUCCCAGUUGAAUAUAACCAUAACCAUAACCUAUAUGCAGUAUUGUCCACACAUUCAAAACACAGUGAAAUAAACUAAAGUGCUAUAAUUUCUAAAUAUCUCCAAAACUAUUUGUACUUAAAUAGUGAAAACUCUUAUAUUUACCAGACUGAAGGCAUGUGGAGGAGACUGGCUCAGAUCCUGGGCCUGCUGCUCUGCAUUAUGGGCUGGGGCUUGGUGGGCUGCACCCUUGCUAUGGACCACUGGAGAGUGGCCCAGCUGGGGGGUCAAGCUGGCUCCUCCGUGGUGGUGACAGCCUGGUACUGGUCAGACCUGUGGAAGGACUGCUACGAAGACUCCACCGCUCUGGUCAACUGCGUGGACUUUGGGGUGCUGUGGACGGUCAAAUCGUACAUCCAGGCAGUUCGCGGGCUCCUGAUCAUCGGCCUUUGCCUCGGCCUGAUUGGCACGGCGCUUGCAUUUUUUGGAAUGGAGUGCACUCACAUCGGGGGAGACCAGAGAAGUAACGACACAGUGUUAACGACAGCGUCUGCUUUCCAUCUGCUCGCCUGUGUCUCAGACGUGGCUGGUUACUGUUUAUACAUUAACAGAGUGGUUACAGCUUUUUUACACAGCAAGGCAGACCCAUCCAAACUGAGCUAUGAAAUUGGACCUCCCCUGUAUCUUGGCCUGGUGGGGAGUUUCCUCAUUUUCCUGGGCUGUAUGAUUCACUGCGCCACUGCGUACAGAGUUAACCGCACACAAAGAGGAAAAGAAGAAGAAAAAGACGUGUUAAGAGGGAAAAAACACACCCACAGACGAUCAGAAAGGUCAAAUGGCUCCCAGAGCUCUUCCACAUACAAGGUGGCUUCUGUUGUAAUUGUGUAAAAAAGUUCAAGAGUAUCGUGAGUGUCACACAGAAGCAUGAGGAGGACACACUGCUGAAGGAGACAGCAAGCCAACAAACAGUGGAUGUCAGACCUCAAGCACGUCCACAAUGCAUUUUGGUGAGACAUCAACAUGUAUAUAGAAAAAUGUUCUUUUUUUUAACUGAACACAUUUCUUACAUAAUUACAUCGUCCACUUCAUUAUCAUCAUUAUUCAUUAUCCACUUCAUACUUGAUAUAAUCACUUUUCCUAAUUUUAGAGGAAAUGCUUGUAAACAUGAUGUUGAACUGAUGAUAUGGCAGAAAUCUGAGUCCUCGUAUUUAUGAAAU